AUGAAUCAAACAAGCUCAACACUGCUUGCCAUUGCAAUGACAGUGGCAGGCUACCUCAGCGCACUCUGCGCCACGCCGCCAAAUCCACCCCCGAUACAAAAAGAUCGCCACGGGACUGAUCGCAUCAAGUUAAUUGUGGGGAGUUUCGCAACCAUUGUGCGUCGCACUCUGGUCACUGCUGUCAUGUAUCAUGCGCUCGUGGCAGUAAGUCCAUUCUACGCCCCUGCUCGUUUGCCGCAGGUAUGUCCCCUGUCAAGGAACACGAACUCGGACCUUUUCGCGUGGAAUGCUAUUACUGUGUCUACCCUGGGACUUAUAUAUAUCGGUGCUUAUAUUCGUCUCUCGGCCUAUGGGGGACUUGGCAAGAGUUUCACCUUCCAAUUGGCUGCUCCGGCUGAUUUGGUGACAACCGGUGUGUAUGGCUGGAUCCAACAUCCCAGCUAUACGGGCUUUGCUAUGAUAGCGAUUGGGUGUGUGUCAUUGUUUUUGCGGUGGGAUGCAACACCUGCUUGCUGGAUUCCUACGUCGGCACUAUCUCCCUGGCAUGGGUGGGGGAUUACUGUGAUCGCUGGACUCGCAGCGUUAGGUUUUUGGGUCUUGAUAAUUCGAGUGCGAGAUGAGGAAGAGAUGUUGAGGCAGAAGUUUGGGAAGAAAUGGGAGGAGUGGCAUCAUUCGACUAAAAGGUUCAUUCCAGGUCUUGUUUGA